AUGCAAUCAUCUCUACUGCUCGGUGUGCUUUUUGUUCUCCUUACAAUAAAUUUUGUCACAGGAUUGGAUUGUCCAGAUGGCUACUAUUUCAGUGAGAAAAUUAAAACCUGCGUUUCUGUGGACCCCACCAGCUGUGAGAAUCACCAAAUCGGAAAGUGUCCAAUAUCUACACCUGUGAAUGAGUAUUGCCUUUGUAAGGACAAGUACCUUCAGAUCUGGAAAUGUCCCGAAGGAUCCUACUUCGAUGUCAAUCAGUUGGCCUGCAAAAUUGGAACAGUGGAGUGCCAGGAGGAUGAGGAUUAUAAGCCAUUUAAAUGUCCAGAUACAACGUCAAAUCGCAUUUUUUGCCUCUGCAUAGGUGGAAAAUUACGCCAAAAUGAGUGCUUAACUGGAUACACUUUUAGUGAAGAUCAGAAACAUUGCCUAAAGAACUAAAAGUGAUGUUGAAGGCUUCAUAUAACUUUAAAAUUUACUAACAAAUUUUGCAGAAAAUAAAGCCAU